UAGUGAUCUUUAAGACAUUCACAUAAACGAAACUGAAACAUAGUGUUUGCUGUUCCCGCUUUUGUCACUUGUAAGGGAAAAAAAAGAACACACUCUUACGAGAGAAGCCAAAAGAGUCCUCCUUUCUCCGCCAUGAACAACCGUCGCGGAACAACAACAACAAAAUCCACCGCGCCAAAUCAUAAUCGACGCUCACAGCGACGUCAGGUGAUCCACGUGCUACCGGACGAGACGGCCUUACGAGUCGUCUGCCACGCGUCGGUAAUCGGCGGCAUAAUCGGAUCAAACGGCAGCGUCGUCUCGAAGCUCCGCCGCGACACCGGCGCCAAAAUCCACUGCGAGACUCCGGCCACCGCCAACGGCUCCGAGCACUGGGUCGUGUUCAUCGUCGGCUCGACCGCCGUCGACAAGAGCUUCCUUCUGACGGACAGAGUCGGAGACUGCUACUCCUCCGGCGAAGAGGGCGAGGGAUGGGUGACAUGCGAUGUCUCCGCCGCGCAGACGGCGCUGAUUAGGGUUUUGGAGAGGUCGUGGGCGGUUCUCGCGGAGAAGGAUAGCGGCGGCGUCGUGGAGGGGGAUGAUGGUAAAGAGGCUUAUUGUGGGUUGCUAGCUGAUCGGAGUCAGAUUGGUGCUGUGAUGGGGUUGGGUGGGAAGAAUGUGGAGUGGAUGAGGAGAAACUCCGGCGCUAUGAUUAGGGUUUUGCCUCCUCCGCUUUGUGGGGCUAGCAGUGAUGAACUGAUUCAGAUUACAGGCGAUGUCUUAGCUGUGAAGAAAGCACUGGUUAUGGUAUCAACAUUCCUUCAAAACUCUCCACCUCUCAAUGGCUACCCACCUCCACUUUGCAAAGCUUACGAGUCUUCUUCUUCUUCUACCAACGGAAACUCAGAGGAUCCCCAUUCUGAGUUUUUCCCGGACCUGCGUUCUUCUUCUUCGUUGCCUAACAAUGCUUCAGAAGCUGCUGCUGCAUCUACUAGUCGUUCACCAUCAUUAGGAAACAGUUUUCAGGGUGGUUCCAAAGAUACAGAUAAGAAGGUUGUGUUUAAAAUAAUCUGCACGAGUGUUGCAGCUGGGGGCAUCAUUGGGAAACAAGGAACUAUCAUCAGAGCUCUGCAGAACGAAACAGGUGCUUCUAUUUCGUUUGGUGCUCCGUUGAAAGCAUCCGGUGAACGACUUGUUACCAUCUCUGCACGUGAGAGCCUGGAGUCACGGUUCUCUCAGGCACAAAAAGCUCUGGUUCGUGUCUUUACAAGAUCUAUCGAGAUUGAUGUUGGAAAAGGUCUGUUUCCGGGUGCUCUAGUGAAAGCCAAGCUACUGGUACCGUCACAGUUUGCUAAUGACUUGAUUGGAAACAAAGAAGCAACUGAUGUUGAUGUACACAUCUCAGUAGGUGGACAGACUCUUGACUGUGUUUCAGAAAAUGAAAUGGUGAUAGAGAUUAUGGGAGAGUACAGGCAUGUACAGAAGGCGUUGUCUCAUGUUUCUUCUAAGUUAAGGGAGAACCUAUUGCCAACGAAGGACUUGGAAGAUAUGAGAGCUGCAUAUGAAAAUGGAGGAGCAAAUUAUAAUCUCUCGGUAUCAGAUGGUGAACAAGACGUGAAGAUGGUCAGAAGCGGUACAGAUGAUCAAUUGAUGCACACUGAGGUAGGUAAUGAAGUGAACGGCUUUACACCACCGAGCUUGCUGGAGAAUGGCCUGACACAGGGAUUGAAACAGCUUCACCUUUCUGACAAUGGCGACGUCUCUUUUUCACCACCACGAAGUAAAGGUGUAUCUUUGAGAAACGUUACCUUGGAGCUAGCUGUGGAGAAGGAUGCUCUUGCUGCACUCUACGGAAGAGAUGGAGCCGGUCUAGAUAAUCUUCAACAGAUUUCAGGAGCUAGAGUGGAGGUGAAGGAUGAUGAUGCUACCGAAGUUGAAACAAUGGUCUUACUCUCUGGGAAUCCUGAGCAAACCCGUACAGCCAUGUCUUUGAUCGUUUCAAUCCUUGCUGAUCAUUGAUGUAAUACAGCAACACCACCAACAGACCAGAGAUAACACAUUCUAUUGUCGCGUUUUGCAGCUACUUUUUUUUUGUAAAUGGAGAUCAGUUGUUCUCCACUUUAUUUUUACACUAUUUCGGAAACCAUCAAGCUUUUUUGUUUUGUUUGAUCUCAUCUGCUUCAUGCUUGUAUCUAAAAGAACAAAACAUUUGCACUGUGCAAAACAUAUUACGGUUAAUAAAUUAAUGCUAUAGCGUCAAUAUCA